AAAAAUCAACCACAUCGCAAACUAUUCUCAGAGAGACCCGCCUUUCAACAGGCUUCAAAUCAUGGUCUCACUGUGGCAAGAACUUGGGGAUUCAGUGAUGGUGGAUACAGAGCCCUACAGUACUCCCCUGGCUCCUACAACGAGCAAACACUUCAGGGGUUGGAUUUUGUUGUAUCUGAAGCAAAAAGAUAUGGGAGUAAGCUGAUCUUGAGUUUGGUAAAUAAUUACGAGAAUUUCGGAGGGAAGAAGCAGUAUGUGGAUUGGGCAAGAAGUCAGGGGCAGAACUUGGCAUCUGAUGAUGAUUUCUUUGCCAAUUCUGUGGUUAAGGGAUAUUACAAAAACCGUAUCAAGACUGUUCUUACAGGCGUAACAGCAUCCCGGGUUUGAGUACAGGAUGACCCA